UUUCUUUCAGCCAUCUGUCAGUUCUUCUUGAUUGCCUACUAAACACAAUCUCAUAUGCAUACAGAAUUUUAUGAAAAACGUGCGCAUCAUAUUACAACCGGUAUUGCAGACAGCAGCGAUGAAAACUAACACCACAAGGCAUGCUUAGACAAUGUAUUAUCACAUAUACAUUAUACUACUACUAAUAAUAAUAACAAUAUUAAUAAUAACGAUGAUACUAGUAAAAAGUAGUCAGACCGGGUAGAAACAUAUUUAAAAGUAUGUAUAAAAGCGGUUGCUUUUGUGAAUUCCUGCAAUAUAAAUUGAAGGAGCAUAUAAAGGUGGAACUGUGAUGGAAGUUGAUGAAAUAUUUCAUACAGUGUUGAGCCUACAUUUAAGCGAGAAACUGAAAUGAGAACAUAUUGUUAUCUAAGUUUCGCUCAUUAAUCGUUUGAGGAACGGGAUUAUAUUUUCGCUUUCGAUGCAUAUUCAAAUAAUGUAAGACUGUAAGAAUAUUUACAAUACAUUACAAUAACUUCACUAACUGACAAAUAUAAACAUACAUGCAUAUAUUUGUAUGUUUGUACAUAUAUAUGUAUAAUGAAUUUUCAUAGGUCUAUAGUUGCUUUCGUAAAAGAAAUUAACAUUAUUUAUUACUUAAUAGUACACAUACAAUGGACUGGCUAUAUACUUUUUUUAUUUUCUCAUGUCUUGGGAAACACAUCUACUGGUUACUUGAAACUGUAUCUGGAUUUCCAAUAGAAAAUUCAUCUCACUUCAUAAGCAAACAUACCUAUAAAGAAACACGCACUUCAAACGCCAGUGAACAGAACCUCAGCUUGGACGACAGAAUUACAGAGCUGAAAAAAGCGUUGGAGUAUGUUGAGAGAUUAAACGCUUCAAACUGUAAGAAUGGUACCAGUGACACCUUAGCACUUCGUCUCGAUAGAACAGUUUGGGACCAGUAUGCGAAAGUAGCUUUGAAGACUGCAAAUUUUGUUAGUAAAUACUUACAAAUAAAAUCGAUUAAUGGCAGUUUAAGAAACGACAUCAGCGAAACAUUAAACCAAGAAAUAUCAAAAUCUAGUAGAACAAGUAAUGAUUUUGGACAUAAUACGAACGAUACAAGUAAUCAAUUUGUAGAACCUCUAAGUCAGGACAUGGUGGAUGAUCACAUUCGUGACCACUGCAGCUCUUUGGAUGACUCAACUAACAAGGAACUUAAUUCAAGCUUUGAUGAAACCCUUCGCAAUGUAAGCGAUAUUCUCACAAUGUUUUAUCUGCUUGUGCAAAACAAUAUCGAUACGUCCUCAAAAAUAAUAGUCGGAUCAGCACUUGCUUUAGAGCCUUUCGUCAUCCCAGGUCUGGAAAUGUUCAGUCCAUAUGCUCAUAAAACGAGUUCUACUUGUAUAAAUCUUGAAGAUCUAGCUCUGAAGUACAAUUACAUGGAUAAAAGUGUUCAAUGGUAUUUCUCCGUGGCUCAAAAUCUCAAUGAAAGUCAAAUAAUAACAGAGACGGUGAAAUUUGGUGACAUGACAAUAGGCAUCAAGAAGUCGGGAAUAAAUACGUAUGCUGUUGCUAGUCUAGCGAAUGGAUACUGGACAAACCCGUAUUUUGAUUGUGGUGGUGGCAACAUUUGGAUGGUAACGUUUUCAGCACCAAUACUUUGGCUAAGUCCAAACAGAAAAAUAUAUUUCAGAGGUGUUGCCACAAUAGAUAUCGAAUUAACAAAUAUUGACAUUAACCAAUGUGAUGUAGAAGAGGAUGUACUACAAGGAGAUAUCACGCAAGAUGAAGAAAAUUAUCAGAAUGCAAAGAAUAAUGCAGAAGCAAAGAAGAUUGUGGAUAUUUUUCGGGGAACGCACAGCUGCCAGAAAACAACGAAGUGUGUCCAUGUACCCAAAUGCGGUUUUCGGCGUGGCUGUUACAUCUGCAAAUGCCUUGAUGGUUAUUAUUUUCCUUAUAAAGAUCAACUCGCUCAAUAUUUCAAUGGUUCUGAAUUAGAAGAUUUCUAUGGUCAGAAUAAAUUUAAUUCAUCCAAUGAACUCACUUAUUUCCAAUGCUUACCCUGCGCACGGUAUUGUGACAUCUGUACUGAUUCAUCACCAUGCAUGCAUCAGCCAAACAUUGCUAUUCGUGUGAUGAUCCUGGUAAUGUCAGCAAUAACACUGCUCAUUAUGAUAGCAUUAGCAGUCGUUGUCUGCCAUAAACGUAGUCAGCUGGUUAUCAAAUCAGCUAGCCCAAUAUUUCUCCUAAUGAUGUGCUUAGGUGGAUCCAUUAUGUCAUUUGAGGAAUUUAUUCUUUACUUCGAACCUACUGAUUUAAUCUGCCAAGUCACAAUAUGGUGGAAACAUUUAGGAUUUGUUAUCAUGUACGGGGCGUUGAUUUUAAAGACAUGGAGAAUCUCAAUCAUAUUCAAAGAAGGUAAAGUGAAACGUGUGAACUUACCUGACACAGCACUACUACAAAGGAUGAUUCCAGUUCUUGCUGUGACGAUAGCCGGCCUAAUAGCAUGGACUUUAAAUUGUCCUCCUGAAGCUGUUCUUCUCGAAACAACAACAUCACUCAAAUAUAUAACAUGCUCAGUUAGUUUAUGGAUGUAUGCAUUUUAUGCAGGUGAAGCUAUAAUGCUUCUCUAUAGUGUCUAUCUUUGCUUUACUGUACGAAAAGCGCCGGCAUUUUUCAACGAGAGUAGAUAUAUCACAUGGUCCACGUACAACACACUCAUUCUUGGUUCAUUUCUGAUAAUUUUUCAGCAAUUUGUAAAAUCAUCUGUCGGACCAGAUAUCAUGUAUUUGCUGCAUUUUUUAUCCCUUCAAAUUACAAGUACUAUAACAGUUGGGCUCAUAUUUAUUCCAAAAUUUUAUAUUUUGUACAAAAUCAAAUGUGGACAAAAUGUUGAAAUGGAUACGGCCCACACAGUUACUGGAAGACCGAUUAGAAAAAAUGCAGUUGUGAGUAAUUUACAAGAAAAAUAUUCACAGACAGAUGAACUCUCAAAAUGUGAAACAUGCAAUUGCACCCGCGCCGUGGAGAAUGCAAGUUCUACAAUAAAUUUCCAACAGCUGUCAAGCAACACUGACGUUCCGAAAAAAAGUAAACAUACUGGCAAUAGAUCAAGUAAACAUCACAAGAAAUCCAGAAAGAACAACCGUGUGGAACCGAACUUGAAAACAAACUCUACGGAAUGUGACCAAGAUAAUAAGAACGAUAUAAACUAAAUCUAUGUAAUACUUCAGUUUAUAUAAUUUCAUUACAUUUAUAAUACAUCACAUACAUAUAUUGGUAUCAUGAAAAGAUUGGUUAAGCAGUGUGAGAGAAUUUUUAAAAUGACGUUUUUUAUCAUAAAAAGACGGGAAAUAAUCAAAUGUGUCAUCUAUUCAAUGAUACAUCAAAAUAGUGAGAGCUAAUGUCAAUAUAAGCAACAUUAUAACCGUAACUUAUAACUUUUAUCUUACAUAACAUUUGCACAAGCACUCACAUACAUAUAUGCACAAACAAUAGAAUCAAGCAUACUUACAUAUACAAACACGACAAAGAUACGAAUACACGAAUAUGCGGCUCAUGUGCACACACUCCGCACGCCCGAAGCACAUGUGCCAGACAUAUAUAUAUAUAUAUAUAUAUAUAUAUAUAUAUAUAUAUGACCCACACGCGUCAACAACCACAAUAUUUCCGCAAAUUUUACAAAAAUUAUCAGGAAAGAAACUUCAUUUACAAAUAUGGAGUUUCAAAUAACAAGUAUUCCGAGUAUGAGUCAAUGCUAGGAUCCUUGAUAUUCUAGAAACAAAGGUGAAAUAUCCAACAAAAUCAGUUAUGAUAGUCUCGUGUUGAUUAAAGACUUGUGAAUAAAAUUGGGGAAAUGUAAACCAUGUGGGUGCUCGUCUGAGGAACAAUUUCCCUUAGUGGAUGAUGGACGUAAUCUUUCGACUUGGCAACACCAAUUUGUUAAAAGCAUUUGGGCCAGUUGUCAGAGCUAAUGAUAAAUUCUACCUUUCUGACAACCGGUGAAAAAGGGCCUGAAAGUGUUAUUCAGCUAUAAAAACAGAAUGCUUACCUGCCAUCUUUAAAAACACAUUACAAAGUGUAGCUCUAGGUCUCCUUAAAAAUAGCGUAUAAUCUUCACUGAAAUUCGUUUCAUCAUAAGUCUGCUCGGCUAUGCAGGAUCAAACUAGAACGGCAAUAUAUAUUGCGAACAAGGUGGCGAGCUGGCAGAAUCAUUAAUACGUUGGGAAAAAUGCUUAUCGGCAUUUCGUCUGUCUUCACAGUCUCAGUUCAAAUUCCGCCGAUGUCGACUUUGCCUUUCAUCCUGUCGAGAUCGAUAAAUUAAGUACCAGUUGCAUAGUGGAUCGAUCUAAUCGACGGGCCCCCCCUACCCAAAAAUUUCGGGCCUUAUGCCUAGAGUAGAAAAGAAUAUAUAUUGCGAACAAGGCGGCGAACUUGGAGAAUCGUUAAUACGCUGGGUAAAAUGGUUAGCGGCUUUUCGUCCAUCUUCACGUUCUCAGUUCAAAUUUCGCUGGGGUCGACUUUGUUUUUCAUCCUUUCGGGAUCGAUAAAAUAAGUACCAGUUGAGGCCUGAGGUCGAUGUAUUCGACUUAGCCUUUCCCUCCAAUUUGCUUCCUUUGUGCCAAAUUUUCAAACCUACAUAUAUUGCAAGCAAUACUAAAUAGUACAACAGAGAAACUAUCGGCGACAGUUCCAGAAUAUUUGGCAGACCCUUAUGUACAUUCCCACGUAUAUUACUCGUAAUUUGUAGAAACAGGGCUAAAUACUACAAAGUAUACGUAUUAACGGUCGACAGUUUCUAUCAACACAUAUUUUGCUUUUUAACGAUUCGCUACACUUUUUGUUUAGAUAAGGCACUCUGUCGAUGUAUUGUUGUAAUGAACCAGUAUAUAACUUUGAUAAUCGCCACUAUAUGUGUGUAUGGGUCUGAAUGUCUAUAUUUUUGUAUGAUAUACGUAUAUGUGUGUGUGUGUGUGUGUGUGUGUGUGUGUGUGUGUG